AUGUUACGCAGCGUAGUAGCCUCAUCGCUACGUCGGUUCAGCACAGUUAGCCCAUAUUACGAAGAGCAUUAUCAAUACAUCGGCAACCCAAGUCAAGAGGAGUUCCAAAAAUUCAUGUUAGGAGAGCGCAAGGCCUUAGUCCAAGACACUACAGUAUUUAAGCCAAAAGAACAGAUCGAGUUCAACAGAACCGGUGAACUCCUCCUCUACGAAGCCGAGCCAUUCCGCCUCAAAGACGUCCUUACUCCUUACCCUUACUCCGUGUGGUCCUGGUCAAUGCCUUCUUUCCUCUACAUGUACUUUGCAAAUCCUUUUGGCCUGCUCUGGCUGCAAAACGACCUAUUCCUGCUCGCUGGCCUUUGGUGCUGGUAUCCUCAAGUAGAAUACGUGUUUAACCUCAGAUACUGCAUUAGCAGGCUUUGGCUGCUGAGAGGUGGAAAGGUCCUAAAAGUUGAGCACUCAAAUGUGACAGGCUACAGGUGGAAAUCAUGGAUUUUUAUUGACGAAAUCAACCUGCUGACUGAAGAUAAAAAAAGACUGGAGCCUGAAAAAGGCUUAAAAGCUAAUAUUUUAGAUGAAAAUAAGCAGCUCAAGGCAGAAACCCAUAUUCAGGUUGACAACUUUGUAGAUGUGGGGAGAAAUAUGCAGGACCAUGUUCUGGUCCUCUGCAAGGAUGGACAAGUCCAUAGCCCAGAAAUUUUGGAGGCUGUGCUAAAGGGGUUCGAAGUUGGUUACUCAUAACUCGUUUUUCAUUUUUAAAAAUGCUUAUUAGCAUUUUCAGAAAAAUUUUUGAUAGUCAGGCAUUUGAUCUUUAAAUUUUGAUCAAAUUUCCCAAAAGAAGGGAAAAAUUGGCUGCCGAAGUUGAUACAACCAACUUCAGGAUCAACACUCUUCAUACGGAAAGAUGGUUGGAGCCUAAUACUAACUCUUAA